AUUUUAUCUAUAGUAUAUAUUCGCAAAUAUAUCCCCUUACAUAUCCUGUAACGCGGACUCCGAAUCGUGUAUCGUACGUAGUGGAUAUUAGUCAGAAUGUUUAUGUGACGACGAUGAUGCGUUCGGUGCGAUAUUAUAGAAUCGGCAAAUGUUGAGCGUCGACAAUGCGGAGAGCAAAGGCCAUUCGUGCGUCGUUGUCCGCGAGCACGACUAGUAUUAGCAGUAGCAUCACCAGUAAUACGACGUCCUGGAAGAAGAAAAAGAAGUCCGCGAGCCACGUCUGAUAUAUUACAUCCUAUAUAUAUAUACAUCAUCGAAGCCGUGUGUACACACCUAUAUGUAACUAUAUAUACAUAUGUUGUAUAUGUGUAAUCCCGACAUCGUCGUCGUCGUCGUCGUCUCUCGUCGCGACCGAGUCCUAUAUCGCUCGUAAAGCAGCGGCGCACAUUAUACACACACCACAAGAGUUAGUGCGAAAGAGAGAGAGACGGGACGGGACGGGCUAGCGUGUGCAGUGCGCGAGGAGAGUGUUGAGAAAAUAUUUGGAGAAAGAUCGAGUCUCGAGAGUCGGUGCUGCGCAUUCUGCAACAUCAUCAUCAGCAUCAGCAUCGUCUCUUUUCAACAUCGCGCGUCUCUCGCGCCCGACUCCUCGAUAUACAGUGCGGUUGAAGCGGCGGCUGUGUACUACAUAGUACUACAAUAUGUAUGUUGCUGAUGCUGCUGCUUCCCUAUCUCGUACAUACAUUUAUAACCAAAUCAUCUUUCUGUAAUGAAUUCAAAGUCUAGAAAAUAUAUCAUUAUUUUCAAAGAUGACAGAAGUAGCACUGAACGAACGUGUUGAGAGCUUGUCCAGAGCACCUGUGAUCGUGUCAGAAACAUUGCAUAAUUAUAAUCAUCCUUCAUCCAACAACAUGUCAAAGUCCACAAAAACAAAUAACAAAGAUGGCAUAAAUGCCAGGCUGCGUCAAUUAGAGGCCCUGUUCGUUGGUGGUCCAGUCCAGGGUGGUAGAAUGGGCCACACUUUUUCAAUCGAAACACUUAUAGAUAUUCUGUUGGUUUUAUACGAUGAAUGCUGCAAUUCUUCUUUGAGGCGUGAAAAAACAGUUUCAGAUUUCAUUGAAUUUGUUAAACCAGUGGCAACGUCCAUAAAAAACUUGCAGCUGGCUCGUGAAGACUUUGAAAUAGUGAAGGUUAUUGGCCGUGGAGCCUUUGGCGAAGUAUGUGUCGUCAAAAUGCGUGGCAGCGACAAAGUCUUCGCCAUGAAAAUCCUCAACAAAUGGGAAAUGUUAAAAAGAGCCGAAACGGCUUGCUUCAGAGAAGAACGUGAUGUACUCGUUUAUGGAGAUCGCAGAUGGAUAACUAAUUUACAUUAUGCCUUCCAGGAUGACAAUAAUUUAUACCUGGUUAUGGACUACUAUUGUGGAGGUGACUUAUUAACUUUACUCAGUAAAUUCGAAGAUAGACUUCCAGAAGACAUGGCUCGUUUCUACAUAGCUGAAAUGGUGUUAGCAAUAGGCUCAAUACACGAUCUAAAAUAUGUGCAUCGAGAUAUAAAACCCGAUAAUGUUUUACUCGAUGCCAAUGGCCACAUAAGACUAGCCGAUUUUGGUUCGUGUUUGAGACUUUUUGAUGACGGUACAGUGCAAAGCAACGUAGCCGUUGGUACGCCAGAUUACAUUUCUCCCGAAAUCCUCCGAGCCAUGGAAGAUGGUCAGGGUAGAUACGGUCCGGAAUGUGAUUGGUGGUCUUUGGGUGUUUGCAUGUACGAAAUGCUAUAUGGGGAAACUCCUUUUUAUGCUGAAUCUCUAGUCGAAACUUAUGGCAAAAUUAUGAAUCACAAGAAUUGCUUUGACUUCCCAACGGAAGAUAUUUAUGAAGUAUCUGAGGAAGCUAAAGAUCUGAUGCGAAAAUUGAUCUGUAGUUCGGAAUUUAGAUUAGGUCAGAAUGGAAUCGACGAUUUCAAGAAACAUCCAUGGUUUCAUGGAGUUGAUUGGGAACAAUUACGAAAUAAUUUACCCCCUUACGUUCCUGAAGUAUCCUCGCCAACGGACACAUCUAAUUUCGAUGUUGAUGAUAACGACGUGCGUAGCUCCGAUGCGGUCCCACCGUCAGCUAACUCAGCUUUUUCUGCUCUACAUCUUCCAUUUGUUGGAUUCAGCUUCACACAAGGAAGCUGUAUAUCGGAGUUGGGUAUGCUACCACAACACUCACAAAAAGAUAAGAGUUUAAAGGAGAAGAUGUUGGAGGAAGAAAAUGCGCAGUUGCUUCAGACGGUAGCCGAGUUGAGGAAUCAAAUAAGCGUUAGUCAUGCGUCAACAACUAUGACCACAGUAUCGCCUGACUCCAACAAUGCGACGCGAAAAUUACAAGACGAAAUAAAUGUUUUGACUAAAAGAAAUUGUGAAUUAGAAUCUCAGCUGAAAUCUUUGGAGGUGCCUCGCGAAUUAAGGGCAAUUGACGGCGGCGACAUGUCAAAAAUCAGAGAAUUGGAGAAUCUCGUUCGAACUCUACGAGCAGAAAAAGAGGAAAUCGUAAAGGAAAAACUCGAUACUCUGGAAAGGUUGAAGCAACAAGACAAAGAAUUGAAGGAUGCGUUAACACAACGUAAAUUAGCAAUGGAAGAGUAUACCGAGGUAACGGAUAAACUGUCCGAACUUCGAUCACAAAAACAAAAGUUAUCACGCCAGGUUCGAGAUAAGGAAGAAGAACUGGAGCAAGCCAUGCAAAAAGUUGACAGUUUACGGGGGGACAUUCGUAAAGCUGAAAAACUGCGACGAGAAUUAGAAGGCAGAAUAGAAGAGGCAAUCGCUGAAACGGGUAAGGAAAGAAAGUUGAGAGAACGCAGUGAAGAAUACUGCAAGCAAAUGCAAGAAGAAACAGAAAAAAUUAGGCAAAGAGCAAGCGGCAACGAUACGAGCGCGAAUCAUGCUAUGGCCACUCAAGAAAUAAAUCGGCUGAAGGCAGAAGUUGAAAAACUUGAAGUUCAGUACAAUGAUAAUCUAAAUCAACAACAAUUAAGAUUUAAUCAAGAAGUUCGUGGACUUCAAGAACAAUUGGCCGAAGCAGAAACUCGCCGUGAGUUACUGGAGCGCGAAGUACAUGUAACAAAAGAAAAAUUAGAUAAUGCCCGAUUAGAAAAUAUAACUGACAGCGAAGAAACAAUUAGCGAACUAAGCCGUCGACAUGAUCGAGAAAGGAUGAUGCUGAUGGAGGAAAAUAAAAAGCUUAUGCUUGAACUUGACUCCUUGAACGACAGCGUCCUUCGAAUUCAAAGCGAGCGCAGAUCGCUUGAAGACGAAUAUGAAGAGCUCAGGAACAAAAAGGAGGCCAUUGCCCAGUGGGAGGCACAAAUUACCGAAAUCAUUCAGUGGGUUUCCGAUGAAAAAGAUGCCAGAGGAUAUCUUCAAGCUCUCGCCACGAAGAUGACGGAAGAAUUAGAAUUCUUGAAACAUUCGGGUGGAGCUGGUAUUGGUAGCAAUGCUAAUAACACGGAAGUCAAGAACUGGCGUAACAGAAGAUCGCAAAAACUCGAUAAGAUGGAACUGCUCAACCUGCAGAGCUCGCUUCAAAGCGAAAUCCAAGCAAAGCAGGCUAUAUCGGAAGAGCUUACAAAAACUCGUUCUGAUCAUAUAGCUGCUCAAAAGGAACUGCUUGAGCUGCGCCAUCGUAUGGAGGGAAUGUCACACGACAUGAGACGCAAAGAUUUACAGAUCAAAGACCUUCAAAGCCGCUUAGACACCGGCGACGGCUUUCUGGAGCGUCCAACAUCCCAAAUGUCGUAUCUGGAGCACUUCUUGAAGGAGACCUCUUCGGCCACGGGCGGUAACAUGGGUGGCGGCAACGGUAGCGCAGCGGCAGCGGCGGCGGCGGCGGUCGCGGCUUUGCGCCACGGGAGCAUUGAUAGCGCCGACGGUGACGUCGAGGACAAUCGCGCCCCCAGCAUCACCAGCAGCAAGAGUAACUUGUCCGAGCUCAGCAUUGAUCCGACAUCGCCAUUGUCGCACGACAUGUUGAACAAGUCAUCGGUGUCGGACAACUAUGCGAAUCUUCAACACAAACCGAAGGCCCAUCAAUUCAUCGUGCGCACCUUCACCGGCCCCACCAAAUGCAAUCAUUGCACGUCUCUCAUGGUCGGUGUCAUUCGCCAAGGCGUCGUUUGCGAGACUUGCGGUUUCGCUUGUCACGUCCAGUGCUGCGAGAAGGUGCCAUCGGUCUGUCCAGUUCCUCACGAUCAGACAAAACGACCGCUUGGCAUCGAUCCAACGCGCGGCAUCGGCACAGCGUACGAGGGCUACGUGAAGGUGCCGAAAAUGGGUGGCGUCAAGAAGGGCUGGGUUAGGCAGUUCGUCGUCGUGUGCGACUUCAAGCUCUUCCUCUACGACAUUUCCGAUCGCAAUGCCAUGCCAUCGGUCUACGUGUCGCAAGUGCUCGACAUGCGAGACGAGGAGUUCAGCGUCAGUUCCGUGCGCGACUCCGACGUUAUACACGCUACGAAAAAAGACAUUCCCUGCAUAUUUAGGAUAACAACGUCAUUGUUGGAACCACCUGGUGUGCGAAAUCACACGUUAAUGCUUGCCGAUACCGAAAGUGAAAAAGCUAAAUGGGUAGUGGCCCUCAGUGAACUACAUCGAAUAUUGAAAAGGAAUAAUCUACCUAAUACAACCAUAUUCCGAGCGAAAGAAUUGUUGGACAAUACACUGUCGCUAAUUGUCAUUAAAAACGUCAUGUCUGGAGCUGUUAUUGAUCCGGAUCGUCUAGUCAUUGGCAGCGAAGAAGGUUUAUUUUGCCUGGAUUUAGAUCGAAGUGAAAUUGCAAGAGUGGGCGAAGGUAAAAAAAUUCAUCAACUUGAAUACGUGACGGAGGAACAGUUAAUAGUGGUGCUAAGCGGCAAACAGCGUCAUGUGCGCCUCGUGCCUGUGCGUGCUCUCGAUGGUGAUGAGGUCGAAUGGAUCAAAGUGGCCGAAACCAAAGGUUGCAUCGCACUCACGACCGGUGUCAUGCGGCGAAAUCCUGUGACAUAUUGUUUGUGCGUAGCUAUAAAAAAACAGAUUGCUUCUCAGGUCAUAAUUUAUGAAAUAACGCGCACGAAGGCACGCCACAAGCGUUUACGAGAACUGAUGCUACCUUGCCAAGCUCAAACACUGCAAAUUUUACCCGAAGGACGCCUCUGUGUUGGCUAUGCUUCAGGCUUUUCCAUUUACAGCAUUCAUGGGGAACAUCAUCCUAUUUCUCUAGUACACCCAGAAAAUGGUAGUCUAUUGAAUCUGAUGACUUUCAAUGCAUUGGAUGCAUUCAGAUGUAUCGAAUUACUGAAUGGAGAGUAUUUACUAUCUUUCUAUUCACUGGCUGUAUACGUUGAUGCUCAAGGCAGAAAGAGCCGCGAUCGCGAAAUCAUGUACACAGCUUAUCCCACGGCAGUCAGCUUUUGUGAAGGAUAUUUAAUGGUCUACAGUGAUACGCACAUCGAUGUAUUCGACUGUCAAUCUGGUGAUUGGCUGCAGACGCUAAACGUUAAGAAGGCCAAGCCAUUAAAUCCGUCUGGUUCCCUUACUAGUUGCGUGAUCAACGACAUGCCACAUGUUAUUUAUUUAGGUAAUAUACGGCAGCGAGAAAUGUUAAAUUUGGGAGGAACUUUAGACCCAAGCGGUAGACCAAUAACUCGACCACGAAGAAGAUUCUCGCUUCGAGAGGGCAAUCGAGCUGCUCGUCCGACGGAUCGACGUUCUAAAAUGAUAUCUGCACCAACGAAUUUUAAUCAUAUCACACACAUGGGCCCUGGGAACGGAAUUCAAAUCCAGCGUUUAUUAGACUUGCCAACUACUUUAGAAACAGCUGAUCAGCAGCAAUAUACAACAACACAUGCAAGUGGGCAUUUCCACACUAGUCCUCAACAACCUCAGCCUGUAUCUCAAACACAGCCCCAGCCACAACAACGAAUUUACGGCACAACAGUAACACCUCCAAAUAAGCCAGCACCACUGCCACCGAGACAUCCACCAUCAGAUACCAGACGAUUAAGUUCGCACAUGACCCGAAAUCCUGGUUAUUCGCCCCAUAAUGGUUCUUCCGCGCCAAGAAGAGGACCAGCACCACCAAGACCUACGGCUACCCCACCGUCUCUACCCCGUACCCCAGUCGACCAAGUCGAUUCAGAUUCCACUCACGUGCGAUCCCAUACACCUCACUCGAUUGGUAGUAUUGCUUCGCUUCAAGACAAGGAGCAUGUAUCAGGAGGUAGCCCGCGACACUCGAUUGCCUCAAACAACAGUUCCAAUCCAUCUACGCCACCAAGUCCUGCUCAUGAUCAUGGAUCCUCAUCAUACGACUCAUAAACAACGAGCAAUAGAAGAUAAAUGUUCAUUUUGGUUGAUGGCCUAUGAAGUCUCCGAUACAUAAGACUUCUGCAUAAGCAUAAUGCUCUGCGUUUUCAUAAUACAUUCAAAUCGGUAUUGAGACGCAGAUCGAUUAUCUUGGAAACAAACUUACUAUAAUAUGAUUAUACUGGUAGUACUGUUUUCCCUUGAAGAUUUACAACAUGUACAUACGUUUGCAUAUAUGUAUGCAUUAUUAUAUAUACGUUAUAAACACAAAUCUCUUUUACCCGGAAAAGUUACCGUUGAAGAGGAUACAUUUUUGACCUUAUAUGUACAGUCUUGAUACAUAUUUUUUAAUUAUAGAGUAUAUAUAAUACCAGCGAUGGGUAGUAAGAAUUUGAAUGAAUUUUUCAGAGCGAACGAAAUGAUUUUUAUCAUAAAAGAUGCCUGUGUAUAGUUCAGUUAUUGAUAUGCAUAAUAAUAUUAUAAUAAUAAAAUUAUUAAAAUACGCUCUGGCAUGAGACGAUUGACUUAUGAAUGAAAAAAUUUGUAAACGGCUUUUCAUCAUAAAACACGCGCAUGAGUGUUGAGUUUUCACAAAUGCACUUAAUUAAAUUUUUCAAAACGCAUUAAAUGUGUCUUGAAAAAUUUGAUUUAGUUAAUAUAAAAAAAAAAGAGAAAUAGAAUUUUUUUAUAGAUGUUUUCAUAUUUUUCUUUUUUAAGCACUCAAACAAACAAAAAUAUCGGAGGUACUGAUGCAGCGAAAAUAAUUGAACAUUGUGUUCAUGCAUAAGGUGUAGUGUUCACUUAGUGCAGUAAAUUUUAGAAAAAUUAUUAGAUUAGUAUUUCAUCGAUCUUUUGCGAUUUUUUCGUAAAAAUUUUUAGCACAUUUUUAUUAGUGAAUUAAUUCAUUUAAUUUCACUUUCAAAUGAGAGAAGAAUAUCUUUAAUUUAAGAUAUUGAACUUGUUUUGCGACCUUUUAUUCAGAAAUAGUAUUAUUUAUUGUGUGUUUAAAAUUAUUUCAAGCGUGUAUAUUACUUGAAGAAUAUUUUUUUCUAUGUCAUUUUUGCAUCUAGUUUAAGAAAAUUUAAAUUAUACUUAUAAUUAUUAUGUGACGUAACUUCACUAUAAUCAUUGUACAUAGAAUAAUGUUAUGAAGAAUCAGUUGCGAUAUUAACGAGUAAAAUUUUAUGGUAUUGUAACAGUCGCCAUGUAUACAUCCUUGUUUUGAGUACUUCAACUAUGAAUAGAUCAUUACUUAUAUGUAUCGAUAAAAAUCAUUUAAAAAACAUAAUAUCGAAAUGCCUAUCAGAUAAUAAUAAUAUUAAUAAAUAGAAAAAAUGACAAAAAAGUCAUGAAAUAUAGCAAUAAAUUUACUAUGGUACUUGAAUUAUUCAGCUGGUUUUUGGAUUUUGCGUUGAGAGAAAAAGUAAUUGUAUGAAACGAUAAAAAAUUGCUAUGUUGAAAAGUUUUAUAGAAAAAUUGUACAUUUAAUGAACGCGUAAAUAGAUGUACUAAAAAUAUUAGUCAUAAACUAUUCGUAUGCAUGUAAACAAGAGUGAAUAUACAAAAGACUAUUUCUAUUGCGAUGUGUUAAAAAAAUGUCGUAUCAGUCAAAAUUUGCGUGUGUUUCAUGCUUAUACAAUUUAGUCUGUUUGAAUUGUGCAAUUUCUGAAAAGCUUCUGAGGCUGACAAUAUAUACAUGACAAAUAAUAUAAAAAAGAGGAAAAUUUAUCAUA